UAAAGUUGUAACAAUGGUAUCGAAGGAUACUACUGAGAAUGCUACAGAGACUGUGGCAGAAAUUGAAGGUCCUAGAGUGGGCGUGCGACACUUGCAAAGCUUCCUUUUAUUCCUCGGUUUCUCGGUGGGGUUUAUGCAACGAACCAAUCUCUCUGUGGCCAUUGUGGCAAUGAUGGAUCGGAAUUCAACAAAUCCAGAUUUUCCGGAGUAUAACUGGUCGGAGCAAUCCAAGUCACUGUUGCUAAGCAGCUUUUUUUGGGGUUACGUCAUCAUGCAGAUACCAAGCGGUCAGUUGGCGCAGCGAUUUGGCGGUAAAGUAAUGUUGCUUUUCAGUAUCGGCGUUUCAGGAUUUUUCGCCAUAUUUACGCCCUUAAGCGCACAAAUGGGCGAUUGGCAAUUCAUUUGCGCUUUACGAUUUCUGCAAGGCUUCUGCCAAGCUGCCGUAUAUCCUUCGGUGCAAAUUAUUUUAGCCCGAUGGGCGCCGCCAGCUGAACGCGGUGUACUAGCAACAAUUUGCUAUUCUGGCUCACAAUUCGGCACGAUCAUCAUAUUGAGUAUUAGUGGUACAUUAGCUACUUCAAUGUUUGGAUGGCCGAGCAUUUUCUAUGUUUCCGGCGGUUGUAGCAUUAUCUGGGCGCUUGUGUGGCUGUUGUGGGGCGCUGAUUCUCCGCGUCAAUCCAAAUUAAUAUCAUCAGAGGAGCGGAAUUACAUUGAAUCAACAUUAGGAGCGAUUUCAAAGAGUGAGAAUAGUGCCAUCUCAGCAAAGUUGCCCACACCUUGGUUGAGCAUAAUCACAUCCGUGCCAUUUUGGGCACUAUUCACAUCCCAAUGUGCCUACAGUUGGGGCUAUUGGACAUUGAUAACACAAAUACCCUCGUACAUAAAGAAUGUGUUCGACAAAGAUAUCAAAAGUAAUGCCUUGCUCUCCGCCCUGCCAUAUGCCGCUAAUCUAGUACUCGGUUUGUGUUUCUGUGCCCUUGCCCAGGUACUGCUGUCAGCGAAGUUGUUGCGCACAAAUGCUAGUCGCAAGAUUUUCAACACGAUCGGUAUAUGGAUACCGAUGGCGGCCACAAUUGCGCUGGGGUUUGUUGAUGCCAAUAGCGCUGAUUUGGCCGUUAUUCUACUUACUGUGGCUGUGGGCGCCAACUCAGCAACAUUUUUGGGUGGAUUUGUGAAUCAUAUUGACUUAUCGCUGAAUUUCCCCGGAACAUUGAUGAGCAUUACAAAUUUAGGGGCUACUUUGAUGAGCAUUAUUACACCAUUAGUUGUUGGCGUCAUUGUGACAGAUACGACAAACCCAAAUCAGUGGCGUUUAAUAUUUUACAUUAUGGCAUUGUGGUAUUUUAUUGGCAAUUUACUGUUUAUAACUCUGGGUAGCACCAAAUUGCAGCCGUGGAAUGAGCCGGCGAAACGAGAUACAGAUCAUGAGCGUAUCAAAUCAAGUGGUAGCAGGUACCCGGGAGCAUAAAUUACCAAAACUUGUAUUACCUAACUGGUAGACAACAAUGAGAAUGGUGAAGUCAUCUACAUUGCAUUUAGUAAACAUGCUGAGAUGAAGCAUAAUGCUAAUUCGGAAUAUGAUAGAAAAAGUGUAAGAAUUAAGUAUAUACGAUUUUUGGUUGUUCUUUCAGUUGUAAUAAGUUUUUGCCACUAAAUUUUGUUUUUAACACUCAGAAUUAAGCGAGAAAGACAUUGAGUUCCUUAUAUGUAUAUAACUAAAUAAUCGCGGUGAGCGAGUCGAGUCGAAGUCGAGUCGUGUGACUAUCUGUGCAUGGGGCCAUCUGCCUUAGUGUACAAGCGAUAACUUGAGCAAACAUCGAGAUAUAUUGAUGAGCAUUUCUAUACGUGUAUCUUUUCGUGUCCCCGCCUCAUUUUAAGUAUAAUGUUAUAUCAAAUAAACUACCGAAGCUUUAUCACCCAACAUUGCUGAGAAGAAGUUCUGCCAGCACCUCCUCAUAAACUGUGGAAAUGGAUGAAUUUGCAUGGUAACCACGCUUACUUCCCAGAUAGCGGCUACUUUGAGCAACAAGCAGGUACAUAGCAGCGGAAUUAGGUGCUUAAUAUAACUCUAAUGGUCUUAGCUUAUAGUAUGAUAUAGUUUGAAGGUCAAGCAUCAAUAAUGACAUUGGAAUAAACUUUGCAGAAACUGUCGAAAUCAGACAACAAGUUUUCAAGGUCCGAAAUAACGGUUAUGUAGACCUUAGUGUCAUUAACCAAAAAUAUUGGUCAAUUUUUAAAAUAUGUUCAUGAAAUUUCUGGAGCAUAUACAUGAGUUAAUAAUACAUAAGUUAAUAAAUUAGUAAUACAUAAGUUAGCUUAAUGGCAAUACAACGCCUCACGCACGUAUACCAAAUACAGUUAUUUUAGACUUUCCUGUCGACUUUAAAUUAUUUACUUAGGUCAAAAUCUGCGAUAUUUUAGCAAGGAUAAGUGUAUUGUAACCACUAG